GUCAAUUUGAAAGGGUUAAAUUUUUGAGACAAUCAAUGGAUGGCGAUGAUGAUGUGUCCUUGAAAGGAUCGUCUGGUUUUUCAGGAUCCUGUAGUAGUAUUAAAGCAAAAAGAUGGUUGACAAACAUCACGAUGGCAUGCUUCUUCUUAUGUGGAGGAAUUGAAUACAGUGUUAUUCUUCCCACAUGUUGGGACUACAUGCACGAAGAGUUUGGAGCGCAGAAGUGGCUGUAUGGUCUCACAAUCUCAGCAAUGAGCAUAUCCAACUUGUUAAUUGGUCCUAUCAUGGGUGCAAUCUAUGACAAGACACACCAAACAAAGAUUCUUGUCUUAUUUCUUAACCUUUUCGAAAUCGGAGGAAAUUUUAUGUACUUUGCUGCGACAUCAAAGCAUAUGGUGUUAGGAAGCCGUUUUAUAACUGGCAUUGGAUUAAGUGCUGGAUCUGUUUUAUUUGGAGAAAUAGCUCGUACCUCUGAUAAAAAGAGAAGGACAGUUGCUUUCUCAAUCUUUAUGUCAGCAAGACAAGUUGGCCUUGUGAUUGGCCCCGGCCUAAACCUUUUCCUAAGAAUAUGUAACUUCAACCUUGGUCCUUUUAAAGUAGACAAAUUCAGAUCACCUGCCUUAUUUAUGAUGAUUAUUUGGGUCAUCAUUCAAGUGUUGUUCCUUUUCUUCUUUUUCCUACUCCCGUCAGUGAAUGAGAAAGAAGAGUCCGACAAUCAGAAACAUGUACAUGAACAGGAACAAGAGAACAGUUCAUCGUCAAGUAUUGAUGACGAAACUAUUAAAAGUGAAGAUAUCUCAUUUCCAUCCGAGGCUGCUUACCUUAUAAAUAAUAAAAACAGUAAAGGACGUUAUGGCAGUAUUAAUGUUAAUCCUGAGAGAAGUGAACAUUCCAUUGUCGUGAAGAAAAUGAACUUUCUCAUGACAAUUUUAAAUGAAUUUGUCACAGAGGAAGUCUCAGUUUUAUUGGCAAUUCUUUUUAUUACUUUAUUUAAUCAACAAGUGCUAGAGACUGGGCUGGUUCCAUUAGUUGAGGACUUUUUUGAUUGGAAUGAAUUUGAUGUCAGUCUUUUUUAUUCAGGAGCUGGAAUCAUUUUGCUUAUCAGUUUCUUCAGUGUGGCAAUACUUACAAAGGCCCUUUCUGACAGGUGGUUGAUAGUCAUUGGUGUUAUUGGUACAGUCAUUGGUUAUACUUGUAAUAUUGGAGUUUUAGGAUCUGGACAAACAUAUUCUUUUUCAUUCCCCGCCUUUAUAAUUGCAUCUGUUAUUAAUGUCUUUACAAUUGCAUACAUAUUUGUUCCAGCUGCAUCGUUAUAUUCAAAAUUCCUUCCUCUUAGAAUACAAGGUUUUGGUCAAGGGAUUAGACGUUCUGUUGGUUCAUUAGCUUGCAUAAUGGGGCCAUUGUGGGCUGGAUCAGGAUUUGAACUAUCAUAUUGCUGUAAUUAUUAUCCUUUCUUUGGUGUCCCAUUGGUUCUGCUUGCCAUUAUUUCAAUUUUACUGGUAUUGUCAUUUAGUAAACUUAAGAGUGAUUCAGAGAAAAAACUUCCUGUUACUGCAGAACAAAAGAGUUAGUAUCAUCAAUGUUCCUGGUUUACAUGCCUGUAUUUAUUAUUAUUCAAGACAUUUUUUUAAUCUUAAAAUCUUUUAAAUCUUUGGAGUUUAUUAUUUAUUGUAAACAAACAGUUUGAAUUUAUGAUCUGUCUAUCCAUUUUUUAAAUCAAAUCUUGUGUGUAUAUUGUU